AUGCAAGAGAGUCUGCUUUCAACCAUUUUGAUGGAGUUAGACGACCGUAAUUCUACCCGAACGCCCCAGCGCUUGCGCCGACCCCGUGCCGCCCGCGCGUGCGAUCUUUGCCGUGCGAAGAAGAACAAAUGCGACGAAUCCUAUCCUUGUUCUUACUGCAAAGGCCGCAAUGUAACGUGUGUUUACCAAGGGCUGCAGAACACCUCUCGACGCUACACGGCAGAAUAUGUGAAGCAGCUGGAGGAUGAGGUGCGGCGUCUUUCGAAUACACCUAUCACUUCGCCAAAUGUGCAGCCUGCGGUGCGAUUUCAUCAGAGUUCACUGGAAAUUCGAGGCCCACAACAAGAAACGAAUGCCGCUUCCAGGCCAAACACAUCGGUAUCCGUUCGAAGUGUCGUGGCAGAAGAAAUCUCGGGAGCGAAUGGUCACACAGACGGCAUCGAGUUCUAUGGGAGUUCAUCAUCCUUUGCUCUGCUAUCUCGCGUACAGCGCUUAGGACAAAACUCGCGCGACAACGAAAACACUGCUGAGCUAGUUUCCAGUUUACAUAAUGCCACCUUUCAGACGACACCCACCGAUUCCCACGCAGAUGGCCCUGAUGCUGGUACUACGCGUGCUGAUUACUAUCCCCAAUGCCGAAACUUCAUAGAGAACUUCUUCUCUACCAUCCAUUAUAUCCACCCCAUCCUGGACAAGCGUGAAUUCAUUCAAAAAUGCGAAGCACUCUGGUCAUCUUGUACAGCAGAGGCUAGUUCUCAACAACCUACCAGUUUUGUUGCCCUUUAUUACAGUAUUCUUUCUGUAGGAGCGAUGGUCGGAGUCCGCGAAGAAGAAGAUAUUGACGGCCUGACUAAUCUCCAAUGGUCACGCAAGUUCUUUGGCAUGGCUUGGACAUGCUGUCACUCACUUGGGCUCAUCACCAAUCUCGACAUGGUUCAGUGUUUCUUCAUGAUGGCAAAAGUUUGCCAGAACGAACUCAACCCACAUUGGUCAUAUAUGUAUACCGGGUUUGCUGUGCGAACAGCAUUGGCUAUGGGUGUGAAUCGAGAGCCCGGACCUGAUACAAAGAAAACAAGUGCCCAACUAAAGGCGGAAUCAAGAACGUGGUGGGGUCUGUAUUCACUUGAAAUGGAGAUUUCGUUCUCUAUUGGGCGGCCGGACACCCUGGGUGCAGACCUAUACCACAACCGGAGACUUCCAUUGGUAGGAAUGGACAUGACAGCAACCCCAGCAAACCCAGUUGACUCUGAGAUGCUCGAACCACCCCAUUGCGCCAUUAUUGGCCGCAUGGUCGAAUUUUCGAGGAUAACCAGGCGAAUCUGUCAGAAACUAUAUCUGUCUAAUGCAAGCAUCUCCGAAAUGAUCUCUUUGACCAAUGAGAUAGAGGCCGAACUCAAUGGCUGGCUCGAUGGGCUCCCUGAUGCUAUCCGGCCUUGCGUACAGAAUCAACUCCGGCAAAAGUCUUCUCUAAGCUCCGCCAAGGACGCGAUAUGGGUCAAGCGGCAAAGGCUUGUGCUGAGUAUACGAUACCAUAACCUCAAAAUUCUUCUCUUUGGCUCGAUACUCAUAAGAUCAUCGCCUGCCGAGCGCGGAAACAUCCCGGGAUGCCUAGAGAACGUGCACAAAUGCCUCGAGUCAGCCAAACAGACAAUCACUAUUAUCUAUGAGACUUACGCACAUAAUGACUUUUUCCACACUUGGUUUUAUAACGCUACAUAUACCGUCUUUGCCGCUUCUGUCAUAUUGCUCUACGUCGCGCAAGGUUCGGCCAGCGACGAAGAGAUCCAAUCGCUAUUUGAACUAGUCAACAUGGCCAUAGAAAUUCUAGAAUCCAUGGACGAGAGCGUUGUCGCUGUGGAGGCAGCAAAGCUCUUGCGGCGAGCGAGAGAUAAAGCUCAACACAGAGGAGUAUCGGAAAGUGCGGCAGCGGACGACAACAACAACCCCAGUCAUGCUUUCCUUGAUUCCGACCCUGUCAGCUCUCUUUUCACAGAUGCGGAAGGCCACUCGAAUCAGCUGAACCAUUAUUGGGGUUCACUUGGACUUUUGGACAACAAUGCCAUGGAUUUCGACAUUGCCGCUUACCUUGGCGGGUUUGACCAGAACAAUCCCAUGUUAUUGUUCUUAGGAGAUCAAUGA